AUGUUGAAAGUCGAGAACGAGACCAUUUCGGAGGUCGUCCGCACCACAGUGGGCGGCCGUCAACUCAGAUACGUUCUCCAUGUCAUCCAGGAACCUGCCAAGGCUCGUGCUUGCGGCUCAGGACCAAGAUCGUCUGCAGAUCGGCGCCCAGUCGACCCACCUCCUGUCGUGUCUCUAAACAUCUUCGACAUUGCCAAAGGCGAAGAUGUCACAAUGAGCUACGACUCGGGCUUCAUGCUCUACGCUUCGCUUGAAGUUGCCCGCCCUAUCGCCAACGGAAAAAUGGCACCAGCCCCUCCUUGCCUGCCGGUCCUCACCGGUGUCUGCGUUGCUAGCACAGCCUACCUCGAGCGUCCUAAUCGAGCUGGCUACUUCAUCUUCCCUGAUCUUAGCGUUCGACACGAGGGUUGGUACAGACUCAAGUUCUCCCUUUUCGAGCAAGUCAAGCACGCCAGCGACGCCGAUCUCGAUAGACCAUUCAAGGGAGCGGAGACGUCUGGUGGGCAACCAAUUCUCCAUGAAAGCAUGGCCAACCGAAUGGAAGUCCAGUCAACACCCUUCCAGGUUUUCAGCGCCAAGAAGUUCCCGGGCCUCAGUCAGAGCACCGACCUAUCCAAAGUUGUUGCGGAACAAGGUUGCAGAGUACGCAUCCGCCGGGAAAUCAGACAACGGAAACGCACGGCCGAUGAGAAACCAGAUGUUGAUCACAGUCGCCACACACCUGACCUUUAUAUGGCUGGGCAUCGCCGGGCGGACAGCCGGAACAGCAUGGAUGGUCAUUACGCUGCCAUGGAUAGCAUGCGUCGGGCCUCAAUGGAGAGCCUGUAUCACCGCCCAACCAUCAGCCGGGCGCCAUCAGUCACGAGCCUGCAUCAAGCUAGCCCCACUACACCGACAGCCCCUCACAUGGCUGCCAUGCCGCCACCAACUCUCAAGGGUUGGGAGCAUGGUCCAUCUUCAUACCACGCAUCGCCCUACUCCAGGUACACUGGUGGCUACUACCAACCACCGUCACCUGUUCGACAAGCGCCACCACCACAAGAGCCCUUGACUCUUCCUCCCAUAUCGGCCAGCACUAGCACAGCGCCUUCCGCACCGUCCCGCUACUAUCCUGCCUCCGAAACCACAUCAACGAAGCGGUCAUCGAGUCGUACAUUCAAUGAUGACUAUGCGAUGAAGUUGGGAGCCAGACCAGAUAUGCCUAUGCGCGCGGAGUCGGUCAGGUCGCAUGGCUUCAUCGAAGCCGACACCACCGAGGAAGAGGACACGGACAAGGGUGAUUACUUCUACUCUCGAGCGAAUGGUUCUCGAGGCUUGAAAGUUGCGCAGUUAUUGAUUUGA